AUGGAGGGCGACGGUGCUCCGGCACCUUCGACGCCAGUAAAGCGUGAGAGAUCUCCGAGCCCUGAGCUGGAUCUGGACACUCCGGGAAGCAAACGCCAGUCCGAUGAGACAUCAGGCGUGAUCCGUGCUCCGGUAGUGUUUCCUUGGAGAACUUGCCAAAGUUUAGGAUACGUCGAACGACUGAAGAUCAAGGAGCGAGCUGUCAAGCGCGCCGAGGAUUAUUGCCAGAGGGUAAGAGCGGCGCUCAUGCCUGUUCUUCAAGAUAUCGCGCCCAACAGCCCGGAAGCCAUCAUGAUGGGACAGAGAAUCAUCAAACAGUGGUGCCAAGUGCACGAUGAUAUUCGUUACAAGCACCGGAAACUUGAAAUCCUAGUGGGAGUCGAGGGCCCUACCGGAGCAGGCAAAUCAUCCUUCUUAGGGUCUCUUCUCAAAAUUCCAGAGCUGUUCCCAUCCGGUCAAGAGUCUGCAGCCACUGCGGUCAUCGGCAAAGUUUCCUGGAACUGGGAUGAUACGCCUGGUCGCGAGUUCAUAGCGAGAGUCAGCUUUCGGGAAAAGUCUGAAAUUGAGAAUGAUCUCGAGUCUCUCUUGCGAGAACUGAAUCACUUGGCAUCCCUCAUGGCCGGCAAACUUGAUGACGAGGAUGAUGGUACCGAACAAGCUGAUAACAAAGCCAUUUCAAGAAACAUGAUUGACCAUCAUCUUCCCAAAGUCAAGGCUGUCUGGGGCCUUGAUGAAAGCACUCUGACAGCAAAGGCAAGCAAAUGUCCGAAGGUGCUAGCGUACAGCCAAAUGGUCCAAAAGAUUUUGAGGACGAAUCACGAGGCUCACCAGUUCCUUGUUCAAGGCAGUACUAUCUUCAGCGCAAGCUCAGCAGAAGCCUUGUCAGACUUGAUCAAGCCCUUUUUGGAUUCGAGUUCCGAGACACACGGAGGACGAAAACAGUUUGCUGCAUGGCCACUGGUGAAAGGUGUGCAUAUCUACGCCAAAUCUGACAUUCUGAAAUCUGGUAUCACCCUUGUUGAUCUUCCUGGCUGUGGCGAUGCUGUCGAAAGUCGCUCUGAAGUCGCAGAAAGGUUUGCGCAUCGUCUAGAUGUGCGCAUGGUUGUCAGUCCCAUCAUUCGUGCUACGGAUGAGAAACAAGGACAGGCUCUUAUGCGAAACGGGUUCGAUGAAGCUCAAAUGAGAAUUCGUGGAAGGCUAGAUGGCCAUGGGUUCUGUGUCGUCAUCUCAAAGAUGGAUGAUAUGAAGGUCGACUCCUACAUUGCGGGAUGUCCCGACUUAUCUGGCAACAAGGAAGUUUCCGAGCAUGUGACGCUUAAAAACGCGAAGAGAAAAGCAGAAAGUCAGAAGAAGAAGGCGCAGAGAUCGUACGACAGUGCCGUAAAGAAACAAGCUAUUAAGUUGCAAAAGAACCCUCAAGCAAGUGAAGAGCACAUAAUCACUCUCCAGGCACAGAAGGAUGAACUGGCUCAUGCAUUUGAGGAAGCUGACAAGGCUCUUGAUCAGUAUGAUAUUCGACAAUCGCAGAUUCAAGUUGAGAUGUCGUACUUGCGGGAUUGGCUUUACCAUCGAGCUAUCCAGACCCGAAAUACUCGCGUCAUGGGCCGCCUUCGCGCUGACUUCGCCGGUAGACAUGACAGGCAUGACGAUAGCGACGCUCCUGCAAUGUCUCAGAGUGAGCACCAGUAUGUGCUUCCCAUCCUUCCUGUCUCGACGAGAGCCUUUUGGCAGUUGGAAAACAACGACGUCCCCAUGACAGGAUUCCCCAACCAAAUGUUCACAGGUGUUCCGGCGGCUGAACAAUGGCUGCAUCAAGCGACGGCAAGUAAACGGGAGAAGCAUCUUGAUGGGGUGCUGGAUGAAUAUCAGAAUCUCAUGACGAUGAUGCGUAUUUACUCGCAGACAAAUGGCCAAGACGGCGAUUUCGGCUUUACCAGAUCUCAGGUUGAGGAAGCCCUGGCUGAAACCCAUGAUAUUUAUCAGGGAAAACUUAGCUCUAAGCUCAAAGAGGCCUGCGACUUGAUUCAGAAGCUGAAUCCCCUCGAACGCAAGCCACAAGCCAUGAAAAGGUUUCUCGCUGACAGCUAUCGCAUUGUUUUAAGAUGGGGGUACAAAUAUCCCGAAAUUGAGAACGACGUCGAAAAGAUGCACUUCUGCACAUAUGCCGCAAACCUCAGACGCAAAGGUGCGAAGUACACUAGCUUCUCGACUCCACGUGUCACGUACACAUGGAUGGAAAACCUAGCCGCACCCAUCUUGAAGACCAUUAGCAAAGACUGGGACAAGAAGAUGAACAGAAAGCUGCCCCUCAUCAAAAAACCCAUGAUGGCUGGCUAUACAGAGGUCUUCACGGAAUACUUGAACGAGAUCCAGCGUCUUAUCACUAAGCAUGUUCCAGCACUUGAAGUCAUCUUCAAUGGGAUGCGACCAAUUCUUGACAACUCCCAACGUGCUACCGAGACUGAUAUUGGCAAUGUGCUUGACAAGCUGUCCCAAAAGGCUGCUACCGUCGCUUUCGAAGCUGUUACAUACUUGACUGACGAAAUGACACCCACCUUCCGCGCUGCCUUAACAGACACUGGAACUGGAUGUCACCAGAGACGAAAGAAUACCGUACAGGAGAAGGUGAAAACUGAUGUCGAGUCCAUGUGCCGUGAGAUCUUCACACUUCUUGAAGCUGGUCUUGCGGCGAAGAAAGCCGAGGUGCCAGCUGAGCUGGAGAAAGCUGCAGCAGGAGGAACGCACAACCUCAAACAACAGUUGUCCUUCCUGGUCAACAAUCUUGCCGAGAGCUAUUCAGACGACCCUAUGAUGAAUGCUAUGAAAACUCAAGUGCAAGAUGGUGUUCGCGUUCAUAUCGAAUCUUGGGAGCUGGGAUGGGCUGAAGAAGGAGGCUAUGAUGAGCACAUUCUGGAUACGGAUCUCAGCAUCCCCACCAGUGUUCCAGAGCCCGUCAUUGAGGAUAUUCCUUCCUCGGAGGAUGAGGGGGAUGAGAGCAAUGACAGUAUGGAGGAAGAUGAGCCUCUGUCGAACGAUAACCUCGUAAGCGAUGAGAAUAACAGCAGUCUGAUCUAA